AUGCCUGCCGCCAGGACAAGAACUUCCAGGCUCAGUGGUAACGAAUUUGAGGAGCACUCGCUGUGGACAGCGCCCGCGCCUCCUGUGAGCGGCAGUAGUAUAGCGUUCACAACCAACGUUACGCCAGGGACCUUCAAUGAUCCUCUCCCUCAAGUGAUUGACGACUCACCUUGCGAGUCUCUCCUGUUCCCUCCCCAGCCUCCUGGAUACCCGGCCCCUCGGAGACAAGCUCACAGCAAGAAGAAGCCCGAAAAUCACAUCCCUCGCCCCCCCAACGCGUUCAUUUUGUUCCGUUCUUCGUUCAUCAAGAGCCAGCACGUCUCUACAGAGGUCGAGACGAACCACAGCACGCUCUCGAAAAUUAUUGGUCUCACUUGGCAAAAUUUACCGAACGAAGAACGUCAAGUUUGGCACGCGAAAGCGAAGCUUGCCCUCGACGAGCACAAGCGGAAAUUCCCUCAAUACGCGUUCCGACCUUUGCAUAACAAGAACAAAGGCGGGGAGAAGCGUAAGGUUAGGGAGGUGGGACCGAAGGACCACAAAAGAUGCGAGAAAAUUGCGGAAUUAUUGGUUAAGGGCAAGAAGGGUCAAGACCUCGACGCUGCGAUUCAGGAAUUUGACAAAUAUCACGUUCCCGAAAUUGUUACUCGUUUCGAGACCCCCAUUACCUCUCAAUCGUAUAACCGACGACCUUCUUCCGGUUCCAAGCCAGAGACGUCCGCGGGUCGCUCACGUCGUCGCCGGUCGUCGAGUUCACAAGUUAUGCGACAGUCUUCGCCUUCUCGUUUCUCGCCGUCUUCCUACCCCCUUUCGCUCCAGUUAGAGCGGGAUGAUGUUUCCGAUUCAUUAUACACCAUACCUUCGUUUGACCAGUACCCGUUCCCUUUGAAACAAGAACCUUCAUUUGACUUUGAGACAUUCCCUUUCGACCCCUCGCUACCCCUCUUUCCCUGUGACUCGCUAUCACCUGCGGUUCAUCCUCAAGGAGGCCUACACGCUGAAUUCGCAGACGCCGAAGCUCAGCCGCCUCGACUCUCGAUCGACGCCACGUUUACGCCAGACGUCAAUACAUGGACCCGGUGCGAUUCACCCUUAUCUGCGUCGUCGGGUAGCAUGCCUACCACCCCUCCUUACAUCGACAGCCCAUCCCCUGAUGGCUAUCAUGGAUACAAUAUUGUAGACUCCGCCACGCCCCAUUAUUCUAGGGACGAUGGGCUGCCACAGUUUCCUUCAUACCCGGACUGUUCGGACCAUUUCGUCGGCAGCGAAAGUUUUCCUACCGCUCCUUCUGGAUUUCAUUCAUACCAUCAGGGUCAGGGCAAGGCUGAUGCUAUACCCGACCUGGAUUUCUCAUCGCUUAUGGCGUCCCUGCCACCCUAUGCGCUCUGA